AUGGCGCAACGCAAUAUACGCAAUUUGUUGCUGCUACUUGCGGUAUUACUUCGCCUUAAAACUGUACAAACAACACUGUUGGCCGAAAAUGUGAUGGAAAGAGAAAGAGAAUUUUACGACAUUUUUUUGGUGAAAAUAAACGCCGAGGAGAGAUUCGACAACUGUUUGCUUUACGGCGAGACGUCUACAAGCGAAACUUUGGAAAUUUUACUCAAAACUGUUACACAAAGUUUGGACAAGCCGAUUCUAUUGCAAAAUAAUGCGUGUUCGGAAUAUAGAGUUAUAGACAUGUUUAACAGUAAUAUGCUCAUUUUGGUGCGGUUGGAGAAUCUCGAAUACGAUUUGUCAUCUCUCGCCGAAACACUACAUUACAUACGACAUAAACGUAUAAUACUCGUAGGUGGAACGCCGAAAUCGUUGAGAGAUCACGAGGAGUAUCUAACGCGUCUCUUUCGUUUAUGCGCAGCGCAAAAAAUGCUGAAUGUCGUGGCGAUUUUUGAAGAUUUCUGGCGAACGCGUAUAUUUUACAGUUACACAAUAUUUCCAACAUUUGAAAUUGAGCGAAAAUCUUUCGACGCGGUAGGUGGUGUGGUAGUGUUUCCAAGGCGCAUGAACGAUCUACACGGUUAUGGUAUACGCACAAUAACCGAUCAAAUGUUUCCCUUCUCAUUUGCUUAUGAGCAAGUUGGUGAAGUCAAGGUGACGGGUUAUCUGCCAGGGCUUCUGGAAACAUUUGCUUCGAGCAUAAAUGCGACACUCCACUAUCCAAAGCCUAUGACAUUAGACGAUUACUAUCGGCCAGCCGAACUAAUCAAUAUGACAAGUAACAAUGAGAUGGAUAUACCGGCAUCCCGCAUGUUCGUCCAAGUCACAAAAACCUUCGAUCAUGCAUCCAAGCCAUAUGCCAUUAGCGGAGUCUGUAUUAUGACGCCCGUACAGUGGUAUUACACCUUUAGACAAUUCUGCAGCCUAUAUACGGAUGGUGCCUACGGCUUCAUACUCUUCUCAUGUGUUUGGCUGACCUAUUGUUUAUUUUACUACUGUCGCCGCUUGCAAUAUUUCCGCGCUUAUAGAGUAUUUUUGGUAAAUUUUUGGACCGCAUGGAUUGAACCGAAUCAUUUCGCAUUCAAUAUAGGCGCUGGCCUACCGUAUACUUUGCCAACUCUGGCAACGCUACGAAUUCUGAUAUUCCUAACGCUAAUUUGGGCUUUAUGCGUGGAAACCGAUUAUGCAGCGAGUCUGAAUACUUUCAUCACGAAACCCGCUGUCAUGCCCGUGCCGCGAAAUUGGGCUGAGUUAAGCAAAAGUAAUUACAAAAUAUUAUUUGGCUGGAGUUUCUACAAUUACAUUUCGCAAUGGUGUGGUGAGUCCUGUCGAGACAUUGAAAAAUCGGCUGAAAUCGUCGAAACAGCACAGGAGUUUCGCUCACAACUACACAAUCUGAAUACGAACUAUGGCUAUCCGGUGGAUUUGUUUUCAUGGCAUUUCGUUCAAUUACAAAUGAAAUUGUUGGUGAAGCCAAUAUUCCAUUUAACUAAUAUAUGUUUGAGGCGUCAGAUUUUUCACUGUUUUCCUUUGCAUCCGAAUUCGGUAUUCCGGGAACCUCUAAAUUUGUUCCUAACAAAGUUUCUCGCUUACGGCUUUCAUGAAUUUUGGAUUGAUGCCACUUACUUGGAGGCAAAGAGAUAUGGGCGCAUUCAUGAUGUUAGUCCCGUCAAUCGAGGAGAACAAGGGCCACUCGAUAUGGAGUAUAUGUCCUUCAUGUGGCCCUUGUUCGGUGCGGCGUGGACGCUGAGUUUUGGGAUCUUCGCUUGUGAACUGGGAAUGGCAAGGUAUCAUAGGCUCAAACGGAAUGUAAAGAAAUCUUAA